CUCUCCCUGUAUAUAAAUUUAUGCUUCCACUUGCUUUUACACCCCUAGACAGCCAGCCUCGCGAUAAAGAAAAGGAAAGAUCAUAUGGCCUUCUCAUGGGCCAAGACCAACACCGAGAUCUUCUUCCCCAAUUGGCCAGGCCACAGCUUACUUUCCUACGUGCUAGCCCUCCUCCUCGUCUUUCUGCUCUCGGUGUUCGUCGAGUGGCUAUCUCACGUGCGCCUGAUCAAGUCCAACACUGAUAGCGUGAUGGCUGGGAUUCUGCAGACAUCUAUGUAUGCCCUUCGAGUGGCGGUGGCUUAUCUGGUGAUGCUUGCAAUCAUGUCAUUUGAUGGUGGUGUAUUCCUAUCCGCGGUCGGUGGAUACACCUUCGGAUUCUUGGUUUUUGGCAGCCAGAUGUUCAGGAAGUGGCGGGUCGGGGACUAUCAAGAACCUUCCGAUCUUCCUCCAUUGAAUUGUUGAUGAUAGUUCAUAUAUAUAUAUAUAUAUAUAUUGUAGUAGCCAGCUGCAACAACGGGCUCUGUACAAUUUGCAGAAUCUUCUGUAGGUUACAUUAUGGUAUCUAGACACGUAUAUUUUGCU